UCUGCCAAAAAGGAGCACAACCUCAGUUCAUAGAAAUUGGAUUCCUUUCCCCUUAAGCAUGCUUCAGACCAACUUUGGUUUAAAAAACCAGGACGGAUAUGUAUACAAUGAGGAAGUAAUUGUGAAACAAUACAACAAUGCAUUUAUAUCAACCUUAUAAAGGUACAGCGAUAACGCUUGUAUCAAUCUAUAUUGUGACUAUUCCAGGGACUAUUACACCCUAGCUGUCCGGCUGUGGUAGAUAUAAUCGUUGCAUUGAUCUAAGAACGAUUCGCCAAGCAACACGAGACCAUUAAACAUGAAAAGUCUUCUAUUUGUCUUUUCAUUCAUCAUCUUGUCAUCCGCUACUAGAGUGCGUCUCCGCGGUAUUGGUAGUUCACCUCAUCAAGGAAGAGUCGAGGUGUAUCACAAUGGUUCAUGGGGCACAGUAUGUGACCGUGACUGGACGGAUAACGAGGCAUCAGUGAUUUGUAGGAUGCUUAAUUUUAGCAAAGGAGGGAAGGCAUACGGUCAAGCUCGUUUUGGUGAAGGAAGUGGACCGAUAUUGCUAAAAAAUGUCAAAUGUGUCUCGGAAUAUAUCAGUGAUAUACCGGACUGCUAUCAUAGAGGCUGGGGAAAUCAUAACUACUGCAAUCAUAGGAAUGAUGCAGGAGUGGCAUGCACGCUAUCAGAAUGCGAAAGUGGAACAUUUGGAACAAAUUGUUUACAAAGAUGCCACUGUAAAAUUCCUGGUUGCCACAACAUGACUGGAGUCUGUAACAACGCAGGUUGUCAAGAUGGCUGGGAGGGUUCAUCAUGUGACAAAGGAGGUACUAGAGUGCGUCUCAUCGGUAGUGGUAGUUCACCGUAUCAAGGAAGAGUCGAGGUAUAUCACAAUGGUGAAUGGGGAACAAUAUGUGACGAUGGCUGGACGAAUGUCGAGGCAUCAGUGAUUUGUAGGAUGCUUGAUUUUAGCGAAGGAGGGCAGGCGUACGGCAAGGCACAUUUUGGUGAAGGAAGUGGUCCGAUAUUGCUAGACAAUGUCAGAUGUUCCCCGGGCUAUAUCAGUGAUAUAUCGGACUGUUAUCAUAGAGGCUGGGGAAAUCAUAACUGCAAUCAUAGGAAAGAUGCAGGAGUUGCAUGCAGGUUAUCUGCUACUAGAGUGCGUCUCCGCGGUAUUGGUAGUUCACCUCAUCAAGGAAGAGUCGAGGUAUAUCACAAUGGUUCAUGGGGAACAAUAUGUGACGAUUCAUGGACGGACGAGGACGCAUCAGUGAUUUGUAGGAUGCUUAAUAUGAGCAACGGAGGGAAGGCCUACGGUCAGGCACGCUUUGGUAGAGGAAGUGGUCCGAUAUUACUAGACCAAGUCAAUUGUGUUUCGGGCUAUAUAGAAGAUAUAUCGGACUGUAAUCAUGCAGGCUGGGGAAAAGAAAACUGCGGUCAUCAGGAAGAUGCAGGAGUUGUAUGCAGAGUAUCAGCUGAUAACACCAUAGAAUGCGAAAGCGGAAUGUUUGGAACAUAUUGUUUACAAAGAUGCCACUGUAGAAUUCCUGGUUGCCACCACGUGACUGGAGUCUGUAACAAUGCAGGUUGUCAAGAUGGCUGGGGGGGUUCAUCAUGUGACAAAGGUUAUACUAGAGUGCGUCUUCGAGGUAAUGGUAGCUCAUCUCAUCAAGGAAGAGUCGAGAUAUAUCACAAUAGUGAAUGGGGAACAAUAUGUGACGAUUUCUGGACGGAUGAGGACGCAUCAGUGAUUUGUAGGAUGCUUGAUUUAAGCAAAAGGGGAAAGGCGUACGGUAAGGCACGUUUUGGUGAAGGAAGUGGUCCGAUAUUGCUAGACGACGUCAGAUGUCUCUCAGGACAUAUAGGUGAUUUAUCAGACUGUCGCCACAGACUCUGGGGAAAGCAUAACUGCGAUCAUAGUGAAGAUGCAGGAGUUGUAUGCACGGUAUUUGAAUGCGAAAGCGGAUUAUUUGGAACAUACUGUUUACGAAGAUGCCACUGUAAAGUUCCUGGUUGCCACCACGUGACUGGAGUCUGUAACAAUGCAGGUUGUCAAGAUGGCUGGGAGGGUUCAUCAUGUGACAAAGAAUGCGAAAGAGGAGCAUUUGGACCAGAUUGUUUACAAACAUGCCACUGUAAAGUUCCUGGUUGCCACCACGUGACAGGGGUCUGUCACAAUGCAGGCUGUCAGGAUGGCUGGGAAGGCUCAUCAUGUGAUAAAGAAUGCAAAAAUGGAGCAUUUGGACCAGAUUGUUUACAAACUUGCAACUGUAAAAUUCCUGGAUGCCACCACGUGACUGGAGUCUGUAACAACGCAGGUUGUCAAGAUGGCUGGGAGGGUUCAUCAUGUGACAAAGAAUGCGAAAGAGGAGCAUUUGGACCAGAUUGUUUACAAACAUGCCACUGUAAAGUUCCUGGUUGCCACCACAUGACUGGAGUCUGUAACAACGCAGGUUGUCAAGAUGGCUGGGACGGAGUAUCAUGUGACAAAGUUGUAACAGCUGUUAACAUGGUAUACAUCAUCGGCAUUGCUCUGGGAAUAUUGCUGGUUGCAUCUGUCGCAACAAAUAUCGCACUGUUUGCUACGAGAAAAAGAAAAGAUGAAAACAACCUGAACGGCAAUGCAAGUUAUCAGGAUGCGCUGCCUAAUCGAAGGGAUGCAGCCGUGACGUCAGACCGUGUUUAUGAGGAUCUUGAAUUCGAGGUCAUGCCCUCCCAAAAUGCUGAUUACGAGUGCUUAGAUACGACGGCAACUACAAGCGUGUAGAGGAAGCUUGAUGCCAGAAAGAUGCUCGCUAGACACGAAACCCGUAUAUACCUCUAAAUACGUUGAGACAUUUUGUAAAACGUUAUACCAAGUGUAGGUACUUUUUAUCAAGACAUGACUAGUUUGUUUCCUUUUUUCUGUCAAACGGACAAAAAGUGUAUAUUUUUAAUGUUUUGAUAUGCUUCUAUCAAAACAAACCAGGGUUUAUAAAACUCAAAUCAAGUAUUUUUUUUUAUCAAGGCGAAUGAAAUAUUCAUAUUUCUGUCACGGAACACCACUUGUUGUUUCGAUCAAAACAGAGCACAUGUGUAUAUUUUCUGCCAGAAACAAGUGUGCAUAUUUUUUUCAAGACAAACCAAAUGUUUGUACAUGUAUUUCUAUCUCUGACUGUGUGUGUAUUUGUAUCAAAAUGGACCAAAUGUGUAUAUAUUUCUAUCUAAGCACACCAUGUGUGUAUUUUUCUGUCAAGACAAACCAUGUGUAUUUUUUAAGAUAGACCAAAUGUGUGGGUUUUUUGUGUGACCAUGUUUUGUAAAUAGAGUUAGAAAGCGACAGUAUUAUUGUUCCAUUAUUGUCAAGCGAAUUUCACCUCAAACAUUUUUCAAUUGUUUCAUGAAAAAAUAUAAUCCCGUAAUUAUGACAUUUUAAAUCAUAAUGUGAGAUGCUGUUGCAAGUCUAAAGCUUACAUAUGGACACCAAAUCUGUUCUGCUAUUAGUGCAUGAAAUUCGUCUGUAAAUGAUCUCAUAUUGUUGUACUUCGACAUUUUGUAUCAUGAUACAAGUAUUCAACCCAAAUAAUAAUGUAGGAUAAUGUUGUGAGUCUGUAAAUAAAUGAUAUACGUGUUUAAAUACGAAGUCAUGACUGUGUCUUUUGAACCAAUUUGUAUGAGCAGACGACAAGUCCACCGCCAGGUGUAAUCUGUAUUUUUACGAGAAACACGUUUAUAUUUAUAACGAUUGUUCAGCAAGUUGUAAUAACAUCAAACCUGUCGUGUGUAUUCCAUUUAUUCAUACCCUUUAAACUUUUGUAGUCGAGUAGAAACGAAAGUAUAUCUCAAAAAGAACGUAACGUGUUCUACGGCAGCCAUAUUUGUUUAUCUUUUCGGAAACAGUUGGGAGUCAUCACUACAGUAUUUACUCGAGUCUCUCGAACUGUAAUCACUAAGCAUAGUGAACGCGGGAGAUCUCGCGUGUUGGUGAGCACUUUCUAUAAAUUAAGAGCUGGAAUUACCGAACUACUCGUUAGUAGAGAAAACAGACAAACAAACAAAAGGCACUGUCAUUUCUGAGCUCAAACUGAGCAGGCAGCCAGCUGUGCAGAGAAAGCAGUAGGUGGUAAUUGCAGCAGAUAUGGAGAAGGACAAGAAAGAAUUAGGUAUUAGGAGUAACAAACAGUAUAAUGAGUUUAGAAAGGUGCUAGGAGUUAUUAGGGGAAAUGUACGAGGAGUCAACAGGGAGCAAAAGUGCUAGGCGUACCUAGGAGAAAUAUACUAGGAGUAAAUAUAGGAGUCUAUUUGGAGCAAAUGUGCUAGGAGCAAAGACACGAGGAACAACAACAUAUAGUUUAUGAGAAGAAUAUUUAAUUAAAUAAAUAGGGUAGCUAUUAUUAAAAAAAAACAUGUCUUAGAUAGAUUAAACUAAAUAUUUCGUAUUCAUUUAUUUAUAAACACGUCGUCAUUUAGUCAAAGGGAGACAACUCAUCUCAACUUUUGUA